ACUUGCAAAUACUCUCUCUCUCUCCCUCCCUCCCAUGGUGGUUCCUCUCUCUCGAUCAUGACCUCUCAGCCCAGCGUAUUCUUCAGGUGGUUCAGAGUGUUUGCUCGGAAAUUCCGAUGGGAAACGACAGCGCCGGUUAAAUCACCGGAGACGCCAGUGCUGAGCUCCGUCGAGUGCUACGCGUGCACACGGCCCGGAGUACCGGCGUUCCACUCGACCAGCUGCGACCACCCACAAGCGCUGGAGUGGCGAGCCUCCGCUGGAUCCUCCCUAGUACCGAUCCAACACGGACCCGACCCGAAACCGGUCCGGGCCCAGAAAAAGCGUCCGUUGGGCCCAUUCGGAGUCGUCCUCGACCCGAGGACGAAGCGAGUGCGGAAGUGGAACCGAACGCUCCUAUUGGCUCGUGGGAUUGCCUUGGCGGUGGACCCGUUCUUCUUCUACUCGCUCUGUGUCGACCGUACCGCCGGACCGCCGAACCUCUACAUGGACCGUGCGUUAUUGGAAGUGGUGACGGUGCUCCGCUUUUGCGUCGACGCUUUCCACCUCUGGCACGUGUGGCUCCAGUUCAGGUCGGCUUACAUCUCGAGGGAGUCACUCGUCGUCGGCAACGGCAUGCUCGUGUGGGACCCACGCGCCAUCGCCUGCCACUACGCGCGUUCGCUCAGUGGCUUCUGGUUCGACCUCCUCGUCAUUCUCCCCGCCCCUCAGGCAAUGUUUUGGUUAAUAAUUCCGAAGCUGAUAAGAGAAGAGAAGAUUAAAUGGAUGAUGGAGAUCCUUCUGUUGAUAUUCUUGUUCCAGUAUGUCCCCAAGAUUUACCACUUCAUGCACAUGAUUAGAAGGAUUCAAAAGGCCCCCGGCUACAUUUUCGGGACAAUUUGGUUCGGUUUGGCCCUCAAUUUCAUCGUCUACUACAUCGCCUCUCAUGUGAUAGGGGCAUGCUGGUAUGCUCUGGCGGUACAGAGAGUUGAUUCAUGCAUAAGGCAACAAUGCAUAGGGGGUGUGAAUUCAUCUUGCAUAGAAGAUGUGUGCUUGAACCCUGACGGACCCUUCCUUUAUGGAAUCUAUCGGGAAGCACUUCCUGUCAUCACCACCGACUCUCUUGCCUUCAGGCUCCUUUGCCCCAUGUCCUGGGGUUUUCUUAUUCUAAGCACUGUGGGGAACGUUCUUACUCCCUCAAGCAACUUGCCCGAGGUUAUAUUUUGCAUACUUUUGAUGGUUUGCGGUUUGCUUCUCUUUACUCUAAUGGUCGCAAACAUUCAGGUGUUUCUGCAUGCGGUGAUGGUAAAGAAGAAGAAGGUGCAGUUAAGGAGCCAGGACUUGGAAUGGUGGAUGAGUCGGAGGCAGUUGCCUUCACGGUUAAGACGGAGAGUUCGACGGUUUGAGCGGCAGAGAUGUACUGCCUUGGCUGGAGAGGAAGAGAUGAAUCUUAUCCAAGACUUGCCUCAGGGCCUCCGCCGUGACAUCAAACGUUAUCUUUGCAUCGAUCUCAUUAACAAGGUACCGUUGUUCAGCGGCAUGAACGAGCUGAUCCUCGAUAACAUCGUUGAUCGGGUUAGGCCCCUAAUCUUCUCCAAAGACGAAAAGAUCAUACGAGAAGGCGAUCCGGUGCAGAGAAUGAUGUUCAUAGUCCGAGGGCGAGCGAAACGUAGCCAGAACGUAAGCAAAGGCGUGGUUGCAACCAGCACGCUCGAAUCAGGCGGAUACCUAGGCGACGAGCUCCUUUCAUGGUGCCUCCGGAAACCAUUCCUCGACCGCCUUCCCCCCUCGUCCGCCACAUUCGAGUGCACCGACAGCGUCGAAGCCUUCGGCCUCGAGUCCAACGACCUCAGGUACAUUACCAGACAUUUCCGAUAUGAUUUCAGUAAUGAGCGGCUCAAACGGACGGCCAGGUACUACUCGUCGAACUGGAGAACGUGGGGCGCCAUGAUUAUCCAGCUCGCGUGGCGGCGGUACUUGAAGAGGACUGGCCGUGACAGUGGCGAUCGUACGAUGGUUUCUUGGCCGGAAAAUUGCGGAGACAGUGAUCGGAAGCUACUCCAGUACGCUGCUAUGUUCAUAUCGAUCCGACCGCAUGAUCAUCUCCAAUGAAGACAAGGGGUCAUGUUUCUGUCCUGUUGUUGUUAUAUCUUCUAUUUAUUUCUUGUAUAAACAUUCUAUUGGUUGGGGGUCAUUUUUUA